AUGAAGUUCGGUCGCAACCUACCACGCAACCAGGUGCCAGAAUGGUCGUCAUCGUAUAUCAACUACAAGGGACUGAAGAAGCUCAUUAAGGCCGCGGCUGGGAUCCUGAAAGCUGGCCAGGACGUGGAUCUCACCGAAUUCUUCUUCUCCCUAGACCGGAACCUUGAGGAUGUCGACAGUUUCUACAACAAGAAGUUUGGGGAUGCCUCACGGCGGUUGAAGCUACUACAAGAACGAUAUGGCUCGUCUAAGCAGGGGUUGGAAGACUUGGAUCGCAAUGAGAUUGAGGAAGUCAUUGGUGCCCUGCUGGACCUCCGAGGUCAAUUGCGGAAGCUACAAUGGUUUGGAGAGGUCAACAGGCGUGGCUUCGUGAAGAUAACCAAAAAGUUGGAUAAAAAUGUUCCUGUGUGCGCCCAACGGAAGUAUAUGACUUCCAAGGUCGACCCGACGCCAUUCGCAACGAAUGCGGCCCUUUCUCAGACCAUGAAAGCCAUAAAUGAUUGGCUAGAAAUCCUGGGAGAAAAGAAGGCCAAAGAAGAAGAAGCUGUAUUAAUCCCUUCUGCGCGAUUCAUCAAGCGCGUGUCCUCACGAUCGACUCUCAACUUGCCUGCUAGCGUCCUCGACAGUGUCGACCAAGCUAUCAGACAUGAUGAUGUGGCAACUCUGAAAAAAGCCCUCGCCGAGGCUAAUUUAGAGACGAGCGACCCAGGGAUGCAGAAAUUACUUCUCGAUCUUUUACAGAGAGCUAUUUCUUGCAAGCUAAAAGAAUGCAUUGCUUUCCUCUUGAAGGAUAUCAAGACCUUGGAUGAACCGGACGAUAUCAAUGGUCGCAACAUUCUCCACCGUUUAGUCAUAUCCAUUGGGCGAACCAAAUCAGAUAGUCAAGCGGCCCAGGACACCUCGGUUGAAUCGGAUGAUAUGCGUUAUCUUACCCCUGCAUCAUCUCAGCCCCUUGGGCCUUCUUCGACCAAGAUUACAGAGUCCCAGUUGCUGAGCAGGGAUGACGAAUCAGUUAAGCUCUUGAUUUAUCUGCUGGACCAUCUAGAAGGUGAUCAAAGGGCAGCGCUGAACAGUCGAGACUCAUAUGGCCGCCUUCCUCUACAUUAUGCAGCGCAAUUCGGCUUUGUCAUUGUGUGCCAGCUCGUUAUGAAAUAUAUGCAGGAUUGGGGUCAAUUUGAUGUCGAGAAUGGCAUUGAUGCCCCCGAAUGGCAAGACAAUGAGGGCCUUGCACCGCUGCAUCUCAGUGUGAUUGGAGGCCAUCCACUCACGACUCAGGCUCUAUUGAUGGGAGAGAAUUGGCAAGGGAUAAAUGAUUAUGCGGGGGCUAUGAGGCGUGAUAUAUCGAAGUCUAGUGCUGUACUUGCCCUUGCCACAAAGUCGAAUUUCACCGGAAUCGUGAGGCAACUUGUGGAUGCCGGUGUCGAUAUAAACUGGCAAGACGAAACAGGUGAAACUUCUUUGCACGUUGCCGCGCGCUUCGGACACGAAGACUGUGCGAGAAUUUUGCUAGAGGGGACACCUGAUCAAAAAGCCGACCUGGAGAUCACCGAAAACUCUUUCUCUUGGACCCCACUACAUGUGGCUUGUGUCGAUGGUCACGCGGCUAUUGUGGAGCUGCUCAUUGCAGCUGGUGCUGAAAUCAACAAGCCGGAUGCUUCUGGCUGGACAGCUAAGGAGCAUGCUGCCUUGAGAGGCCAUAUUAGUAUUGCAUGUCGGCUCCUAGAAGCUGCUGUUGAUAUAUCGUCCGACAAGGCCGAAAAGUCCGAUGAUUCGACAGAUAGUACUUAUACAUCGUCACCCCCCGGGCCAUCAUCUAUAGAUGCGCUUCGGUCACAACCCCCCAAUGGUGUUUUGAAGGCCACUGAGACCUUCAAAACAUUUGGUCAUCGAUACCUUACCGAUGAGAGCAUGGUUCUUGUUAGUCUAGGCUCUAUGGACAUGAGAAAAGAUAUUCCAGCUGUUAAGCUUGACAGGAUUCCUAUCGCUGAAGCUCAUGCAACUCAACUGGACACGGCCCUGUCUGUUGUUGUUACAGCUAGUGGAGCCCAGGGCGAGCCGACCACCAUCGACCUUCCUGUCCAGGAAAAUAUCUCAACUGCACCUAUGGUCUUCACCACCAAGGAUGCAUCCAAGGUCAAACUAUACUUUGAUAUUGUUCCAACAUACGCUGGAAGCCAGGAGCACAAAGUUGGACGUGGUGUUGCCAUUUUAUCCAGUAUGAAGCAGGCAAUUGGCUUGAAACGUAUGAAUCUCCAAGGAGACGUCAGCGUCCCGAUAAUGAGCACAAACCUUGAGGUUAUUGGAUGUGUUAAUUUCAAUUUUCUCAUCGUCACUCCAUUUUCCCAUCCGAAUAUGGAAGUUACGGCGAAGCAAACAUACUGGAAGGAGAUGUCCUCGACCAUGGUGAUAGGACACAGAGGUCUCGGCAAGAACAUGACAUCGAAUAGAUCUCUUCAGCUGGGAGAAAAUACAUUACAGUCAUUUAUCGCGGCUGCAAAUCUUGGGGCGAACUACGUCGAGUUCGAUGUCCAGCUUACGAAGGAUCAUGUGCCUGUUAUAUACCAUGAUUUUCUAGUCAGCGAAACGGGGAUUGACGCACCGGUCCAUACGCUCACGCUUGAACAAUUCCUUCACGUCAAUGACGCCCAAUCUCGGUCAUCGCGCCCCCCAUCCCCCCCAAAGGAAUAUCCACAGUUUCGGGGGGUCCGGGGCGCCGAUCGUCAGCGGUCACUCUCCCUUAGCCACACACUACCUGGUUCCGAGAUGUCGGAGAGAAUGAAACAUACGCGUGAUUUCAAAGCUAAAGGAUAUAAAGCCAACUCUCGAGGAAACUUCAUCCAAGCCCCGUUCACCACACUUGAAGAAAUGUUCCUUAAGCUCCCUGAAAAUGUCGGUUUCAACAUCGAAAUGAAGUACCCUAUGCUGCACGAGUCGGAGGAACAGGAGAUGGAUACUUAUGCUGUCGAGCUCAACAGCUUCGUGGAUACCAUCUUAACGAAAGUAUAUGAUCUGGGCAAGAAGCGGAAGAUCAUUUUCAGCAGCUUCAACCCCGAUAUAUGUCUGCUUCUGAGCUUCAAGCAGCCCAACAUCCCGGUACUGUUCCUGACCGAUGCUGGUGUUUGCAAGGUUGGCGACAUCCGAGCUAGUAGUAUCCAGGAGGCUAUUCGGUUUGCCAGCCGAUGGAAUUUACUCGGCAUUGUGAGUGCAGCGGAGCCAUUCUGUCUCUGUCCUCGAUUGGUGAGGGUUGUGAAGGAGGCUGGAUUGGUUUGUGUUAGCUAUGGGGUCUUGAAUAAUGAUCCCGUCAAGGUGCAGGAACAAGUAAAGGAGGGCAUAGAUGCUGUGAUUGUCGACAGCGUAUUGAAGAUCCGCAAUGGCCUAACCAAAAACGCCAAGCCGAUCGAGAUGGUAACGUCGGGUGGAACGGUGCUGAAUAGUGUGGAGGUCGUAGAAGCACAAGUUGUUUGA